UGUCACUGUUGGAGCAUUCGUUUCAAGUAUUCUUAAUCUGAAAUUUUGACACAAAAAGAAAAGGGGGCAUUUCUCUUGUACGUAAUAAGUGGACGAUAUCCCAAAACAUCGUCAAAAUGAUGAUCGAAUUUAUCUAAUUUAUUUUUAUACGUGUUUUAAUUUAAAAUUUAACGUAUGAUUGAUUAUGAUUACAUAAAGAAGUAAAGUUAUCAAUUAUGAAAAAUAUGCUGCACAUCCCGUUUAUAGCAAAUCUAUCGUCAAAUGUCAUUUUCUAAAAUGUAUGUAUGAAUGAAAUAUUUUUUAUCUCUGUUUUACAGCAUAAUGAACUGCGAGGAAGAUUUAGAAGAUGGCGAGAUUGAAAGUGACGAUGAAUGUGAAAAUAUUGUAAGUGAUAAGGCACAAAAUGAAACGAUUAAAAAUCCUGAAAAAUCGCCAACUCCACCACCUCGAAAAUCUAAUGAAACAACUAAAAAAGCUUCAAGUAGAAAAGAAAGAUCUAAUCACGAAGAGGAUGAUUUCAUGUGCAGUAUUGAAUCUAAAAUUGCUAAUGUGCUGAAAGAAAAAGGUCUUGAACCACCGAUGCCAAAUAUCAGAAAACAACAUGAUAAACUCGAUACUGAGCCUGAACAGCAACAGAAAUCCAGUCGUAGCAGCAGAAAGCGACGUAAAAGAAAAGAGCGAAAAGAUCAAAAACGUGAUAACGCUUCGUCUAAAAAACGAUCAAAAUUGAGUGACAGUGAUAAUUUGUACAUGAUAGGAGGAAGUCCUGACAAUUCUGGAUCAGAUUCCGAUCAUAGUAAUACAUCAUAUAGUAGCUACGAUUCAGAUGAUUAUCAUAGAUCAUCGUAUGAGGAAAGACGAAAUAAAAGACGUGAAAAGUAUGGUUCCCGAAAUGAUAGAGAUCGUGAUAGAAAAGAUCGACGAAAUCGCGAUAGUGAAAAGGAAGUCUGCUUGAGAUUUGCAGAAUAUGGUCAUUGUCCAGAUGAUGACUGUCAACGUUUACACGAAGUGCGCCAGCCCAAGAAAAUGGAACUUUGCAAGUUUUGGCUCAUGGAGUGUUGUGCUAAGAAAGAUAAAUGCUCUUACAUGCAUGGAGAUUUUCCAUGCAAAUAUUAUUAUCUAGGUCUUAAGUGCAUCAAUAAAGACUGUAAAUUUAUGCAUGCAAAGCCUCUAAGUGACAAUUUAAAGCAGAUACUUCUCAAACAUUUGGAUACGGCACCGAAGGAAAUUUUAGGAGAUUUCCCACGUAUUGGUCGAGAAAAUGCAACGAAAAUGAUUUCGCAGACUCAUGUUAAAUUAUGUCAAGAAUAUAAUAUACCACUGCCUGAAAAUGAAAAGGUUUUGAGCAAGAUUCCUGCUUUACUUGAAAUGAAGCUAAAUCCACCAGAAGAAUUUUCAUCCAAGAGUGAGAAUCGUAAAGAAAGUUCUCGAUCAUCACGAUGGCAGCAACAAAAGGAGGGAAAAUCCACAUCUCAGCAAUCACGAAGUACAUCAUCGACUAAAUCAUUAGCUAUAAAUGAACCAGGUGAUAUGCCUUUGUCAGAAAUGAAAGGAAUUUUAAGUGAUAAACAGAUUGAAACUAUGGCAUCUAUUGGAGUUAAAAUAGUUAAUCAUAUUAAUAAUUUGACAGUUUCUCAAAUAAAUGAUAUUGGAUUAAGUCUUGCAACAAUAGGCGAGAUUCAAGCAACUGCAAUUAAUAUGCAUAAUAAGGCAAAGAAUAAAAUCCCUGACGAAACUGCUUCACAUUCACCUAUACAAGAGAAUAACGCUGAAAAAGAAGAAAAAUCUGCAGAUGUUGAUAUGCGUGUUUUCAAUAUGAAUAAUGUUGCAACACCUCUCAAAUCUCCUGAUACAAUCAUGUCACCAAAUCAGUCAGACAUGGAAGGACAAGAUAAUAAACCAAGUACUUCAAAAUCUAUAAUAAUGAGUCCUCCACAACCAUCCGCAAUUGAUUAUUCUCAAUAUUUAAGAGAUUCAAAUUUGCACAGUAAUGAUGAGGAAAACGAGGAUGAACCGGGCGGAUUGAAAAUUGAUUAUGCAAGUGACUGCGAAACUGAAGAGAAAAAUUCUCAAUCCGAAGAUGAUCAAUUAGAAAUCAAGUCAAAUAUGCUCUCAUCAAACGUCCAAUUACUUCCACCGUCUUUUGAUACAAACGCUUUUCUUAACUCAACAUCGGUGCUAUCAAAAGUCGACAUAAGUUCUUCCAUUCAACAGCUAAUGGAGAAAGUAGCACCAACUGAAAAAUUAUCUCAUCGUGAUCCUCGUGUUCGUAAUUCAACUCAAAAACCAAGUGAAACGAUCGUUGAAUUAAGCUCUCCAACAUAUAAAGAAGGUACUAGUAGUAGUAUUCAAAAACAAGAACAAUCAAGACGUACAUCAAUAUAUGAAAUCGAAUCGCCAUCAGAUGAAGAUGAAGAUAUAAAUAUUAUUAAAUUAGGAAAAGAUAAGGAUAUGAGAGUACCACCUUUUUUAAGGGACUCUGAAAAUGGCGAUGUUGAUUUUCGCUUUCCUUUUGCUCCAAUGACAAAUUACAUACCAGCAACUGAGAUUGAAGCUUCAUUUGGAACUCACAUUUUUAACAAAUAUGAAGUAAAAAUAGUUGAUAUCCCUAAGCCAGACUAUAGUGAAAUUAAGCGUAGUUUUCAAAAAAUGGAAAGUAUACAAGAUCCUCGAUUGAAAAAAUUGUGCAAUCUUGGGGAAUCAAAUCAAACAAAUAGUAGUUCUAAUCUAGACCCGAGAAAACGAAAGCAAAAUGAUUCUGGAAAUACAGAUAGCGUGCAAAAUAAUAGUGCAAGUAAUGCUGGACCUAAAAGAUUACAAAUAUCUACAAUUUUGCAAAAUUCAAAACAUUACAAUGAAUUGAGUUCCUCCCAGAAAAUGAUCGUUAAUGAUAUUUUAGCAGAAUUGUCAAAACAAUUAAAAACUUUUCAUUCUGAUAAAACGUCGAGUAAGAAUUUCGACACAACAUUUAUCUCACAGAAUCAUCGACUAAGUCAGAUAUUGAUAGGACUUGGUGUAUUUGUGAAUGCCCAAGGAGAGUUUGAGGAAAUCAAAGAAGUUUCGAUUGCAACGCCUCAAGUCUUGCCGAAUAUUCAUCAAAUGCCACCAAUAAUACCGAGCAUAAUGCAACAACCACCACCAAAUUUAAUGCUUCAACCGCCUAAUUUUAUUGGAGCAUCUGCAAAUUUGAGACCAGGCUUAUUAGGAAUUGCUCCUCCAAACCUACAGCCAUUUAAUUUUGAUCCACAAGACUUUACACCUAUCAAUAAUCAAAAUCCUACCUUUGGGAAUGAGCAAAACUUUAAUAGAAACCAACGGAGUGGAAGUAAUAGCAGCAACAAUAAUUUUCGUAAUAAUUCACAUCACCGCAACAACAAUUAUCGAUCUAAUAGAAGAUAAACUUAUUAAUUUUAUUUCUACUUCUUCUUUUUUUUUGUUAAUCCAUCUCAUCUUGAAUUCUAUUGCAAAGAUUGCAAAAUAUUGUUAACGCAAAAAAAGAAAAAAAAAAGUAAUUUAAAUACAUGAAUAACUAUACAUAUUGAAAUUGAAUUUGAUUGAAUAAAACGCAUUCAUUUUUUAAUGAUUAUUAUUAUUUAU